AUGCAGAUAUAUUAUCUUGCAUCAAACAAUACAGUUAGGUUAGCGAGUCUGUCCAGGUCCCCUGAACUUGAAACAAGAUACAUCAAUUUAGGACAGCUUCGCGCAGCUAGACGAUGUAGCGGUAGCUGGGGACAGCUGCGGUACAAACAGCGUCUCAUGCCACUAGCUAACGGAUCUACCAUUCAAGUUGGUUUAAUUAAUUCUCGAGUGUACUGGUGCGGAACUUUGAGGAAAGAUCGGUUACUGCUUCGAGACGCAAUGUUGCCAAGUCAAAGGAAACCGCAUACGCUCCGAGUUUGGGUUACUGCAGAACAGACUGCAACUGCGGUGAAAGGGAGGCCUCAGUCUUCGAGGUUUGAGUCUAUUCAGGAAAAGAAGAGACCUACACGGGACAGAAUGUUCGCUUCGACGUCACAAAGAAAUGAUGAUGGUUUGCGGGCGUCUUACAAUAUCUCGUUACUUAUAGCAAAAUCCGGAAAACCGCAUACUAUCGGAGAGAAGUUAAUUUUGCCAGCCGUUGAAGAGGUUUUAAAAACUGUUUUACACAAACCUGCAUCUGAUAUCAUUAAAAGAAUUCCCUUAAGCAACAAUACUGUUGAAAGACGUAUUGAUGAAAUGAGUUCUGAUAUUGAAAGCUUCUUAUGUAAUUAUUUGCAAACGACUCAUUUCUCUAUACAACUGGACGAGUUAACUUUAACUGAUAAUGCAGCAUUAUUAUUGGCAUAUGUUCGUUUUAUUAUGAAUCAAGAAAUCUACGAAUAA